AUGGGCGAUGGAUGUGGGAGCGAGUGCCACGACCGUCGCGACAAGGAAAUUUGCGCCUUGGGCUGGUUGCUUCUCUUUAUGUGGCUCGUCAUGAUCAUCUACGUCACCAAGGUUAGGAAUGGACUUUUUUGAACAUUUAGGAAAAAAAAUGACACAAAACGUCGAUGGUAUGAAAAAAACACCAGCGAAAAUUAAAACGGCGACUUUUCCGAUUUUUUCAUAUCGCUAGGGAAUUUUCCGACGGCCACCUUUCCGACGAAACUUUUUCCGACUUUUUGCCUUUAUAUUUUUCGAUUUAUAAAACAUCUAUUAACAUUUUUUUCCUAUUUCAUUGUUUUUUAAUCAUGAAUAAACUGCCUACUUUAUAUAGGAAGAUUCAAAACGAAGAUUUUACCGAGAAAAAAAGUCGGAAAAAGAUUCGGCGGAAAGGUGGCCCUCGGAAAGUUCUCUAGCCAUAUGAAAAAAUCGGAAAAGUCGCCGUUUGAAUUUUCGCUGGUCUUUUUUUCAUACCACCAAAACGUCUGGCUGAAGAAGAUUUCGGAAAAAAAGAACUAGAGAAAUAUUUUCACUGUCGGAAACUAACCAGUAAGUGAGGAUCGAUCAUUAUCAGUCAGAAAUACAGUUAUUUCCAAAAAAAAUCCCUUGAAAACUCAGGCACAUGCGCGCCAUGUGGACAUCAAAUUUUGAAGUAUUUUCCCUUUUUAUCGUCUGAAAAUUGUUAACGUCGUUUUUUCCUUAUAAAGUCCCACCUUGAGCAUAAAAAAAACCAACUUAAAAAUUUCGAACCUCACCCUUCUUGAUUUCUCCUGUUGAUUAUUUUCAUUGAAGAUGCCACCUAGAAGGUAUUUUAAUGAUCUUGUGUUGACUAACUUUGCAAGACCCCACAAUUGAAAUCAAAAAAUAACGGACAACGGUCAGGAGUUCUGGUGGGAUGGCAUCUCGAUGUGGAGCCGGUCCUCGUCGACGGCGCCCUCGCCUGCAACCGACAGGAGACGGUCCGCCGCCGCCAACUAGCGCCAGCCUCCAAGUUUUAUGCAAAUUUUCGUCUUGAGUGCCCUCGGACGGUCUAUAUAAACGGUCUAGUCGACGCCGACACCAAAAUGGCAACUUUGGCGGGAAGAGCGAUGUGGAUUUGGCUGACCAUGUUGGUGUCGACGGUCGAAAUCCAAGCCUGUGCUCCGCAUAACGCGCCGAAGCCCUGGACCAGCUCUCGCGUUGAUUAUUAUCAUCACUACGGUUAGUUUUUUGCUUCAAUAAUGGAUUUUCGAUCGUUAGAAAGAUUAAAAUUUUUUUAAAGAAAAUAAAUGACAACUUCAGAUUGUUAUCAUACAUAUUUCCAACCUUGUACGAAAUGAAUUUCAGAUAACCCACGUGCACAAGGAGUCAAAACUGAAAACGUUGAGAGCAACAACAGCGAAAAGAGUCAGACGUGCUCACCUUGUUCCAAACCGCAACCUGAGCCUCAGCCCACAGAACAGAAGCCGACGGACCCUGACGGCAACAACAACAACAAAAUAGACAAUGUGAAAAUCACCGUGGAGACCGCGACGACGUCUUCUGGAUGGCUGACGUCAUCUGAAGGCUAUCCUCUGAGAAUUGAUAUUCCAGUCGAAUCGACCACUCUCACCACGACGUCUACGGAGCCAACGACAACUAAAACUUGUGAGUUUUGAGCAUAAGCAUCGAGGUAAAAGAAUAACUCAUCUUUGAUAACAAAACUUCCAAUGCAUUUAUUCUCUAUUUAUGAUGCUUUUUUUUUCGAAGAAUGCGAUUUUGGAAGCUAUUCAUGUCUUUUCUGAAUCCUAAAAAAGGAUAACUUAUUUAGAACUUUUAAGAAAUAAAAAAACCUUUGCUUUGAGCUUCGGUAUUAUCACUACCUGUUCCGUGAUGAUUUCAAACAGAACAUGUCUUUUUCUUAAAUGCCUUUUAAAUAAAAAAAAAAAAAUAAUUAAAUGAAAGAUUUAGCAAACCAUAGAGAGCCUCCGUUGAGCAAAGUCGGUAAAACUUCUCCUGAGAGAGCCGAGUUUCAAAUGUGACAUAAUAAAAAGAACGACGUCCUUUUCUUUGAGCUUGUAUGUGCCGAGAAGUACCGCGGUACUUGGAGACGUGCGAGACGUGCACUCCGGUGAUGGUGUCGACCAUCUUCACGAGGUUCCAAUGUUCGGCGGCGACCAUCGCUUGCCAGGAUCGUUACUCGGUCAUGGAGAUCGACGGAGGCAACGGCACGUGGACCAGACUCACUGAGACCACCACCGUCACGUUUGAAUGCUCAGAUCAAGGUUUAUCGGAAGAUUUUAACUAGAACUGGAAAAAGCUCUCAAAGAAAUUUUUUUCACGGAACAUUUUAAAAAUCGAUUAAAAAAUGCAUAGAUGGAAAUCAAAAUAUCAAACUUUUUUGGAUACACGCCCACGUUUUCAUUCAAGAGAAGCCAUUGAGAAACGAAACACAAAAGCCUCGGAUUGUUUUGGAUCAAAAAGAUCGAAAGAAAGACUUUUAAGGAGUUUGGCAAGUGAAUUCGUCGCCGAUGGGCACACUUGAUGCGUCGAGUGUCCGCUGCACAGCCGUCUUCAAACAUUGA